AUGCCCCCCCCCCCAUUUGCUUGGUUCUAUUUUUUAACCUGUGUCAUCUGUUUUUCUCUCUCUCUGUCUGCAUCCCCUCCACAUUCUCUCUCUCCUUUCCUUCGCCUGCCACCUCACUCUGUAUUCUCUCUUUCUCUCUCCUUUAAUUCGCCUGCCACCUCCCUCUGUAUUCUCUCUUUCUCUCUCCUUUCAUUCGCCUGCCACCUCCCUCUGUAUUCUCUCUUUCUCUCUCCUUUCAUUCGCCUGCCACCUCCCUCUGUAUUCUCUCUUUCUCUCUCCUUUCAUUCGCCUGCCACCUCCCUCUGUAUUCUCUUUCUCUCUCCUUUUUCCCUGCCACCCCUCUGUAUUCUCUUUCUCUCCCUUUCUGUACCUUCUCUCUUUCUCUCUCCUUUCCUUCGCCUGCCACCUCCCUCUGUAUUCUCUCUUUCUCUCUCCUUUCCUUCGCCUGCCACCUCCCUCUGUAUUCUCUCUUUCUCUCUCCUUUCAUUCGCUUGCCACCUCCCUCUGUAUUCUCUUUCUCUCUCCUUUCAUUCGCCUGCCACCUCCCUCUGUAUUCUCUUUCUCUCUCCUUUCAUUCGCCUGCCCACCUCCCUCUGUAUUCUCUCUUUCUCUCUCCUUUCCUUCGCCUGCCACCUCCCUCUGUAUUCUCUUUCUCUCUCCUUUCAUUCGCCUGCCACCUCCCUCUGUAUUCUCUCUUUCUCUCUCCUUUCAUUCGCCUGCCACCUCCCUCUGUAUUCUCUCUUUCUCUCUCCUUUCAUUCGCCUGCCACCUCCCUCUGUAUUUCUCUUUCUCUCUCCUUUCAUUCUCUCCUCUGUAUUCUCUCUUUCUCUCCCUUUCAUUUGCCUACCUUCUGUAUUCUCUUUCUCUCUCCUUUCAUUUGCCUGCCACCUCCCUCUGUAUUCUCUCUUUCUCUCUCCUUUCAUUUGCCUGCCACCUCCCUCUGUAUUCUCUCUUUCUCUCUCCUUUCCUUCGCCUGCCACCUCCCUCUGCAUUCUCUCUUUCUCUCUCCUUUCAUUCGCCUGCCACCUCCCUCUGCAUUCUCUUUCUCUCUCCUUUCAUUCGCCUGCCACCUCCCUCUGUAUUCUCUUUCUCUCUCCUUUCAUUCGCCUGCCACCUCCCUCUGUAUUCUCUCUUUCUCUCUCCUUUCAUUCGCCUGCCACCUCCCUCUGUAUUCUCUUUCUCUCUCCUUUCAUUCACCUGCCACCUACCUCUGUAUUUUCUCUCUCUCUCUCCUUUUGUUUGCCUGCCACCUACCUCUGUAUUUUCUCUCUCUCUCUCCUUUUGUUUGCCUGCCUGCCUUCCACCCCUGUAUUCUCUCUUUCUCUCUCCUUUCAUUCGCCUGCCACCUCCCUCUGUAUUCUCUCUUUCUCUCUCCUUUCAUUCGCCUGCCACCUCCCUCUGUAUUCUCUCUUUCUCUCUCCUUUCAUUUGCCUGCCACCUCCCUCUGUAUUCUCUUUCUCUCUCCUUUCAUUCGCCUGCCACCUCCCUCUGUAUUCUCUCUUUCUCUCUCCUUUCCUUCGCCUGCCACCUCCCUCUGCAUUCUCUCUUUCUCUCUCCUUUCAUUCGCCUGCCACCUCCCUCUGCAUUCUCUUUCUCUCUCCUUUCAUUCGCCUGCCACCUCCCUCUGUAUUCUCUUUCUCUCUCCUUUCAUUCGCCUGCCACCUCCCUCUGUAUUCUCUCUUUCUCUCUCCUUUCAUUCGCCUGCCCACCUCCCUCUGUAUUUCUCUUUCUCUCUCCUUUCAUUUCACCUGCCACCUACCUCUGUAUUUUCUCUCUCUCUCCUUUUGUUUGCCUGCCUGCCUUCCACCCCUGUAUUCUCUCUUUCUCUCUCCUUUCAUUUCGCCUGCCACCUCCCUCUGUAUUCUCUCUUUCUCUCUCCUUUCAUUCGCCUGCCACCUCCCUCUGUAUUCUCUCUUUCUCUCUCCUUUCAUUCGCCCACCACCCCUCUGUAUUCUCUCUUUCUCUCUCCUUUCAUUCACCUGCCACCUCCCUCUGUAUUCUCUUUCUCUCUCCUUUCAUUCGCCUCCCACCUCCCUCUGCAUUCUCUCUUUCUCUCUUCUUUCAUUCGCCUGCCACCUCCCUCUGCAUUCUCUUUCUCUCUCCUUUCAUUCGCCUGCCACCUCCCUCUGUAUUCUCUUUCUCUCUCCUUUCAUUCGCCUGCCACCUCCCUCUGUAUUCUCUCUUUCUCUCUCCUUUCAUUCGCCUGCCACCUACCUCUGUAUUUUCUCUCUGUCUAUCUCUUUGUUUGCCUGCCUGCCUUCCACCACUGUAUUCUCUCUCUCUCUCUCUCUUUGUUUGCCUGCCUGCCUUCCACCACUGUAUUCUCUCUCUCUCUCUCUCUCUUUGUUUGCCUGCCUGCCUUCCACCACUGUAUUCUCUCUUUUUAUCCUCUCCCUACAACUCUUCUUCCAUUAA